GAAAGAAGAAGCACAAAAUUAGAUUAGAAAGAGAAAGAAAGAAGAGGGGAAGGAAAAAGACGGAGGCCCACCGCAAAAGCCCAAAAAAACCUCACCUUCUUCAUCGUCUUUGUUGUUUAUGUUCUUCUCGAUCAGUUGUGAAAACCCUAAAUUGAGGUCGGUGAUUGAGGGAUUGUGGUGGAUCUGUUUUGAUCAGUCAACGUGAUGACUUCUUUGAGCAGAGAGCUGGUGUUUUUGAUACUCCAGUUCUUAGAUGAAGAGAAGUUCAAGGAAACUGUGCACAAGUUGGAGAAGGAGUCAGGUUUCUUCUUCAACAUGAGGUAUUUUGAGGAUUCGGUUACUAAUGGAGAGUGGGAUGAGGUGGAGAAGUAUUUAUCUGGGUUUACUAAGGUAGAUGAUAAUCGGUACUCAAUGAAAAUAUUUUUUGAGAUCCGAAAACAGAAGUAUCUGGAAGCACUUGACAGGCAUGAUCAAGCUAAGGCUGUGGAGAUUCUAGUGAAAGAUCUGAAAGUAUUUUCCACAUUUAAUGAAGAGUUAUUCAAGGAAAUAACGCUCCUCUUGACAUUGCAGAAUUUUAGGGAGAAUGAACAGCUUUCAAAGUAUGGAGAUACCAAGUCUGCUAGGGCUAUAAUGCUUGUUGAGUUAAAAAAAUUGAUCGAGGCCAAUCCUCUUUUCCGUGAGAAGCUUCAGUUUCCUAGCUUAAAGAACUCAAGGCUGCGGACAUUGAUAAACCAGAGUUUAAAUUGGCAGCAUCAGCUAUGCAAGAAUCCAAAGCCCAAUCCUGAUAUAAAAACACUCUUUGUUGACCAUGCUUGUGGGCAACCAAAUGGUGCUCGGGCUCCUUCGCCAGUUGCUAAUCCAAUAAUUGGUUCUAUGCCCAAAGUAGGUGGUUUUCCACCUAUAGGCGCCCAUGGACCAUUCCAGCCAGCACAAGCACCUAUUGCUUCGCUUGGAGGAUGGAUGACCAAUCCUCCCUCUAUGCCACACCAAGCUAUUUCAGGAGGACCAAUAGGCUUAAGCCCUCCUACUAAUGCUGCAUCCAUGCUAAAGCAUCCUAGGACUCCUCCUGCUACUAAUGCUGCAUUGGACUACCAAACUGCCGAUUCUGAGCAUGUCCUGAAGAGGCCAAGACCCUUUGGGAUGUCGGAGGAGGUCAAUAAUCUCCCUGUCAACAUCUUCCCUGUCACAUAUCCUGGACAGAGCCAUGCUCAUAAUUUGCAUUCUUCUGAUGACUUGCCCAAGACUGUUGUGGUGAACUUGAAUCAAGGGUCUGCUGUUAAGAGCAUGGAUUUCCAUCCUGUGCAACAAACUCUUCUUCUUGUUGGAACAAACAUUGGUGACAUUGCUAUAUGGGAGAUUGGUGGCAGGGAAAGGCUUGCAUUUAAAAAUUUUAAAGUUUGGGAGAUAGGCAACUGCUCAAUGACUCUGCAGGCUUCUUUAGCAAAUGAAUAUACUGCAACAGUCAACCGUGUGAUGUGGAGUCCUGAUGGGAACCUUCUUGGUGUUGCGUAUUCUAAGCACAUAGUUCAUCUAUACUCCUACCAUGGUGGUGAUGAUUUGAGGAACCACCUUGAGAUUGAUGCCCAUGUUGGCAAUGUUAGUGAUCUUGCUUUCUCUCAUCCAAAUAAACAAUUAUGCAUCAUAACUUGUGGAGAGGACAAGGCUAUCAAGGUGUGGGAUGCUGCCACAGGCUCUAAGCAGUACACGUUUGAGGGCCAUGAAGCGCCUGUCUAUUCUGUGUGUCCUCACUAUAAGGAAAGCAUUCAGUUCAUUUUUGCAACUGCUGUUGAUGGGAAGAUCAAGGCUUGGCUGUAUGACAACAUGGGAUCCAGGGUUGAUUAUGAUGCUCCAGGCCACUCAUGUACUACAAUGGCUUAUAGUGCUGAUGGAGCAAGGCUCUUUUCUUGUGGCACCAGUAAAGAUGGUGAAUCAUACCUUGUGGAGUGGAAUGAAAGUGAAGGUGCUGUUAAACGUACUUAUGUUGGUCUUGGAAAAAGAUCUGUCGGGGUGGUGCAAUUUGAUACUACUAAAAACAGAUUCUUGGCUGCUGGCGAUGAGUUCAUAAUCAAAUUUUGGGACAUGGAUAAUACAAACCUCUUGACUACUGCAGAUGCUGAUGGCGGAUUACCAGCAUCUCCAUGCAUCCGAUUUAGUAAAGAGGGGACACUUCUAGCUGUAUCAACCAGUGAAAAUGGGGUUAAAAUAUUGGCAAAUGCUGAUGGUGUUCGGCUGAUCCGUGCUAUUGAAAGCCGUGCUCUUGAUCCCUCCAGAGUUCCUCCUGGUGCUGUUGCGAAGGCACCCAUGAUCAGCACAUAUGGUGCUUCUAGUUCAACUGCUGGAACUAGCAUUAGUAUUGCGGAUAGAACUGCACCAGUGACGGCCAUUGUUCAACUGAAUGGAGAUAACCGCAGCUUGCAAGAUACCAAGCCUAGGAUUCCUGAGGAGCUGGAGAAGUCCAAAAUUUGGAAAUUGACUGAACUUAGUGAACCUGCUCAAGUUCGUUCCUCGAGGCUUCCAGAUAAUCUACUGUCCGUGAGGAUCAUUAGAUUAAUGUAUACAAAUUCUGGAGGUGCAAUUCUGGCUUUGGCAUACAAUGCUGUACACAAACUCUGGAAAUGGCAACGGAACGAGAGGAACGUGACAGGAAAGGCAUCUACUGCUGUCCCCCCUCAAUUAUGGCAACCUUCCAGUGGAAUUCUGAUGACAAAUGAUAUAAGCGACACAAACCCUGAAGAAGCUGUUCCAUGCUUUGCACUUUCCAAGAAUGACUCAUAUGUUAUGUCAGCAUCUGGUGGAAAAAUUUCUUUGUUUAACAUGAUGACUUUUAAGACAAUGACAACUUUCAUGCCCCCUCCACCUGCAGCAACGUUUCUUGCUUUUCAUCCACAGGAUAAUAACAUUAUUGCCAUCGGAAUGGAGGACUCUUCAAUACAAAUCUAUAAUGUUCGCGUUGAUGAGGUGAAAAGCAAACUCAAAGGUCAUCAGAAGAGAGUAACUGGCUUGGCUUUCUCUAGCGUUUUGAAUGUUCUGGUAUCAUCUGGUGCUGAUGCUCAGCUAUGUGUUUGGAGCAUGGAUGGAUGGGAGAAGAAAGCCAGCAAGUUUUUGCAGAUCCCCUCUGGUAGAGCAAUAAAUCCUCUUGCUCAGACACGGGUUCAGUUCCAUCAAGAUCAGACGCACUUGUUGGUUGUUCACGAAACACAGAUAGCAAUAUAUGAAGCAUCAAAGCUUGAAUGCGUGAAGCAGUGGGUUUCACCAAAUUUUGCAGUUACUGAUGCGACGUACUCGUGUGAUAGCCAAUCAAUUUUUGCAAGUUUUGAUGAUGGAAGUGUGAGUAUCUUUACUGCUGCAGCACUCAAGCUGAGGUGUCGGGUGAAUCCUGCCGCCUACUUGCCUUCUAACCCAAGCUCCAGAGUAUAUCCACUUGUCGUUGCUGCUCAUCCAUCUGAAUCAAACCAAUGCGCAGUAGGACUUACUGAUGGUGGAGUUUAUGUGCUUGAGCCUCUAGAGUCGGAAGGUAAAUGGGGUACACCUCCUCCAAAUGAAAAUGGUGUUGCCCCUGGCAUGAGCUCUGCUGCCGCUGGUCUUGAUCAAGCAUCAAGGUAGCGGUCUGCAGUGGGCUCUCUGAUGCAAAUGCUCCUGUGCUAUAUUUUCGGUGGGAGCUGUAGAUUUUCAGAUCUAGGAUACAACCUCUUGACGCCAGUGAUAAGAAGUUUGGCAGUGUCUCCUGUGGAAGCUGAGACAGUAUGGAAGAUCAGUAUUCAGUUAAAAGAAGGAUUCAAAGAAAGACAAAAUGUUGAUAAUUAUAGGUAGAUUAGGGAUUCAGUUCAACCUCUGAGAAAUUUUGCCUGUUAAGUUGUUUCUGUUCAAGCACUAAACUAUGGCAGUGUAAUUAUUAAGAGCUCAAGCAAGUCAGUUGUUUUCUCUC